CGGCCUCUUGGGAAAGCGAGUCCACGAAGAAUCGACGGCUAUUCCUAACUGGGUCCGCCCGCUUCUAUAUUUUUUUUUUUUCUUUUUCCUCCUUUCUUCCACUUUUACGUCUUUGGACAGCUCCUCCCGCGCUUGGCUGGAAGUCAGCUUCCUUUGCUGUUUUCCACUUUCUUUCUCUGCUUAGCCGAUCCAGCCGCGCUAUGGUGAAGUGGAGCGGCUUUGCCGGGAGAUUGGGGCGCUGCCUGCAGUCGCCGUCCGGAGUACCCCGUCCCGCUCCCCUUUGGAGGGCUACUUCCAGCGUUGCAGAGUCAGCUUCGAUCCCCCGGCAUGAAGAGCGGCUAAAGAGGCCGGAGGAGUUGCCCGGAAUGGGGUCUCUUGAGACCCUCUAUUGGCUCUUCGUGAAAGGCUACUUGCUGCACACGCACCAACUUCAGAUCAUUUCCAAGAAAAGGUUUGGCCCCAUAUGGAGAUCUACUACUGGCCCUUAUCUUAAUAUUAAUAUUGGAAGUCCUGAAAUCAUAGAGGAGCUGUUACGUCAGGAGGGAAAAUACCCAAUACGGAGUGACAUGAGCCUUUGGAAGGCGCAUCGAGACAUACGGCACUUAUCGUACGGCCCCUUCACUGAGGAUGGAGAAAGGUGGCACCGUCUACGGCAGGUGUUGAACAAGAGGAUGCUGAAGCCUUCAGAGGCCUUGCUCUAUGCCGAUUCCAUCAAUGAAGUGGUGUCCGAUCUCAUAGUGCACCUUGAAAAUGAAAGAAAGAAAAGUUCCUCAGGAGUAAAAGUUGAAGAUAUGGCCAACCUAUUGUACCGAUUUGCUUUAGAAGGUAUCUCCUAUAUUCUUUUUGAGACCCGCAUUGGCUGUCUAGAGAAAGAGAUGCCCGUUGAAACAAAAAAUUUCAUUGAUGCUAUUGGAUAUAUGUUCAGGAAUUCUGUCUUUGUCACCUUCCUACCCAAAUGGACACGGAACAUGCUGCCUUUCUUUAACCGCUACCUACAAGGCUGGGAUACAAUCUUUGCCUUUGGGAAAAAACUGAUCGAUCAGAAGACUUUGGAAUUAGAGAAGCGUCUGGAACGGGGUGAGGAAGUUUCAGGAUACCUGACGUACUUGCUUACCAGUGGGCAGCUUAGUCAUGAAGAGAUAUACGGAAGCAUAACUGAGCUGCUAUUGGCUGGUGUUGACACGACAUCCAAUACUCUGUCUUGGUGUUUGUAUCAUCUGGCUAGAAACCCAGACAUCCAGGAAGCUUUAUACCAGGAAAUAGCCAAUGUGGUACCCGCAGACCAAAUCCCUGAAGCCAAAGACAUCAGCAAGAUGCCUCUGCUUAAGGCAAUAAUCAAGGAGACUCUCAGGCUUUAUCCUGUGGUCCCCACCAACGCACGGAUUAUUGCAGAGAAGGAAGUUGUCAUUCAAGGAUACCAGUUCCAGAAGGAUAGCCUCUUUGUACUGGCUCACUAUGGCAUCUCACAUGAUGAGACCAACUUUCCAGAGCCAGAACGCUUCCUGCCACGCCGCUGGUUGCGAGACCAGAGAGAGAUGUCUCCUCACCCCUUCAGUUCCAUUCCCUUUGGUUAUGGAGUCCGUGCCUGUGCGGGACGUCGCAUUGCUGAACUUGAAAUGCACCUGGCUCUUAUCAGGAUAAUGCAGAAGUUCUUGAUCAGACCAGACCCGCAAUGCACUGACGUGAAGUCUGUCUCCCGUAUUGUGCUGGUUCCAGACAAGCCUAUUAACUUGGAUUUCCUUGACCGACAGACAAUGCCUUAAUGCUUUAUUCAGCCCGAGAGUCUGCAGGGAUUUAGAGAAUCUGCUCUGGGAUUGGAUUAUGACCUGGAUGGUCUACUGACAUAGUGCUUGAGGUGCUCCGCUCUUCAGGUGGGAUUCAGUCUAAGAGGGUCUCCCUCUUACCUGUACUAAUGGAUUUUCUAUAUGCAAUUCAUCAAAAGCAACAUUUGCAGCCUUGCAGGCUUCCCUCAAAAGUACACCCAUAAUUUUGAUAGCCAGCAUCCCGCUUUCCUGUUCCUGGGCUUCCAAUAAUCAGUGGUCAAGUUUAGAAGUACAGAACAAAGCCAAGCUAAGUCACCUUGGGCUAGCACCCUUUCUCUCUCAGCCCUAAGAAGGAGGCAAUGGCAAACCACUCCCAAAAAACCUUACCAAAAGAACUAUAGGGACUUGUCCAGGCGGUUUCUGAGAAUCUGAUACAACUGAACGAAAAACAACAACAAUCUUGCUUCAACCCAUUAAAAAUCCUCUUUGGAUGGGAGGAGGCCUUCAUGCAUUCAA